AGCCCGAGCCGGGGCCGGCGCUGAGGCCGGCGCGAGGCGGGAGCCGGGGCGUCCAGGAGCCGGGUCCUCGCCGGCCGCCGCGGCCAUGGCCGAGACCGAGGAGCGCAGCCUCGACAACUUUUUCGCCAAGAGGGACAAGAAGAAGAAGAAGGAGCGAAGCAGCCGGGCCGCGGGCGCCGCUAACGCCGGAGGAGCCGGCGCCGGGGCCGCGGGGGCCGCGGCCGGGGCCGCCGGAGCCGCCUUAACCGGAGGCGCCGGGACUGGGGCCGGCGGCGGGGGCGCUCGACCGGCUGAGGGGGCGGCGGGGGCCGCAGGGGCUGCGGGGCCCGGAGCGGCCGCCAAGACCAAGGAUGAAGACGAAUGGAAAGAAUUCGAGCAAAAAGAAGUCGACUACAGCGGACUCAGAGUUCAGGCGAUGCAGAUAAGUGAAAAGGAAGAAGAUGAUAAUGAAAAGAGAGAAGAUCCAGGGGAUAACUGGGAAGAAACCGGUAGUGGUGGCGUAGAAAAGUCAUCUGGUCCUUGGAAUAAAACAGCUCCUGUUCAAGCACCUGCUCCAGCUAUUGUUACAGAAACCCCAGAACCUGUUAUGACUGGUGGUGUGUACAGGCCUCCUGGUGCCAGAGUGACUUCAACGAGGAAAACACCACAAGGACCACCAGAAAUCUACAGUGAUACACAGUUCCCAUCAUUACAGUCCACUGCCAAGCAUGUAGAAAGUCGGAAAUACUGAGCCUUCGUAAGGGUUGACUACCUCAGAUUUGCUGCACUCAUUGUGGACACCAUGUGGAUCACAACUUCUGGAUAAGAAGGUUACAGCUAUUAAGUGGCGAUGUGAAACUUGAAACCAGCUCUACUGGAUUCCUAUCAGAAAUCCUGCAAAAGUCAGCCAUUUGGGUUCUGAUCUGCUAUAAAUGACAAAGAUUUAAGUGACCUUAAUUAACCUGUCCUGGGCCCCAUCCUUAAGGAAUACUUUCUCUAGUAGCUAUGGCUAUAUAGGAUUUUUCCUGAGACGUACAACUCUCAAAAGAACUGUGUUCAAAUAAACCCAUGCAGAGCUGU